AUGGCGCAAUACGGCGAGAAGAGCCAGACCGACAAGGAGGUCAUCGAGCCUCAUAAUGGCUAUGGUUCAGAAACUGUCGAUGAGGAGGUCGGGGUCGUCCACAAGUCGGGCAGCCUGGCCCGCGACCUGAAGUCAAGACACAUGCAGAUGAUUGCCAUUGGCGGUGCCAUUGGUGCUGGUCUCUUUGUCGGUUCCGGAAGUGCCCUUCAUACUGGCGGUCCUGCAUCGCUUGUCAUUUGCUACUCAAUCAUCGGUGUCAUGCUUCUGUUCACCUGCCAGGCCUUGGCCGAGCUGGCUGUUCUCUACCCGGUCAACGGCGCCUUCUACAACUACGUCGUCCGCUUUAUCGAUCCAUCAUGGGGUUUCGCCAUGGGCUGGGACUACGCUAUCUCGUGGUUGACUAUUCUGCCCUUCGAGCUUGUUGCCGCGUCCAUUACAAUCAGCUACUGGCGUGACGAUCUCAACAUGGGCAUCUGGGUCGCCGUCUUCCUUGUCGUCCUCGCCACCAUCCAGAUAUUUGGCGUUCGAGGCUAUGGCGAGGUCGAGUUCGUUCUCAGCAUGAUCAAGAUCGCGGCUUGCACUGGGUUCAUCAUCCUUGGAAUCGUCAUCAACUGCGGAGGUGUCGGAAACCAAGGCUACCUCGGAGCCAAGUUCUGGCGUGACCCUGGUGCGUUCCAGAACGGCUUCAACGGAUUCUGCUCCGUAUUCGUCGUUGCUGCCUUCGCAUUCGGUGGUACGGAGCUGGUCGGGCUUGCGGCUGCCGAGUCUGCCAAUCCCAGGAAGGCGAUUCCCCUCGCGACGAAGCAGGUUUUCUGGCGUAUUUUCUUUUUCUACGUCGUAAACCUGUUCAUCGUGGGCCUGAUCAUCCCAUCCAACGACGAACGUCUUCUGGGUUCCUCUGGCGCCAACACCAAAGCCUCGCCCUUCGUGCUUGCCAUCGAGGACGCCGGCAUCAAGGUUCUCCCAUCCAUCUUCAAUGCUGUCAUCACCCUCGCCGUCAUCUCUGUCGCAAACUCCUGCACCUUUGGCUCUACCAGGACAAUGCAAGCCAUGGCUGAGCAAGGAAUGGCUCCCAAGUUCCUGUCAUAUGUGGACAAGUCCGGGCGGCCAAUCUGGUGCAUCGUUGUGCAGCUCUGCUUUGGCCUGCUGGCCUUCAUCGGCGAAGCAUCGUCGCAGAGCACCAUCUUCACCUGGCUCCUGUCCCUCUCUGGACUGUCGUACUUCUUUGUGUGGGGCACCAUCUGCGCGACGCAUAUCCGUUUCCGCAAGGCGUGGAAGCAGCAGGGCUACAGCCUGGACCUCAUCCCGUAUAAGCCAACCUUGGGUGUCUGGGGAAGUUGGAUCGGCUUCUUCCUUUGCGGUCUCUGCCUGAUUGCCACGUUCUACAGCUCGCUCUACCCAUCCCCAGAUGCUACUCCCGAUCCAGAGUAUUUCUUCCAGCAAUACCUGGCUGCACCGGUGGUUUUGGCGCUGUACCUCUUCUGGAAGGUCUACUCGAGAGAGUGGCGUCUUCUGGUACCCAUCCACGAGAUAGAUCUGAUGGCCGGCGCCCGUCUGCACAGCGUUACGGAGGAUGAGGAUGAUGAGCUGAAGAAGCAAUCCUGGUUCAAGCGUAUUGUCCGCGGUCUCUUCUAG